AUGACACACCCAGCCAGUACGGCCGCUUUGACCCGCCGAGCUGGAUGGCGUGGUAAACCACUCAUUACCUUCCUACGACAAGCCAACGAGCUCUACAGAACAGAUAUUGGUCUUGUUUUGGGAUCCCAUUCUGGAACCUCCAGCCACCGACAACCAGGUUUCGGGGUUCAAGAAUGCCGGUCUUCUGCCGGCAUCUUCGGGGUUGCCAAGGCGACCCAGUCCGGAGUACUAAUAUGCGUUUUCCGGGCUAAUGGGCUUGAUCGAUUUCCAAGUGUAGCCGCGCAGAACGAGAUCCAAUUCCCCGGGACCCGACUUCCCUCCCGGCGCCCUCGCCGGGCAGGGUUGACAGCCAAUCCUGAUGUUUGGUCCAGGUGUGACGCCAAGCCUGAAAAUAACCCUGGGUAUGUAUUUCCAAAUCGUGGCCUCCAUUCAAUGAUGCGGACGAUGACUACACAUUCUGCCCUUCAUCUUGAGAACUGGCCCGUAGCUCACCUCAGGUUGAGGCGUCAAAACCCGAGCCUGGUCCCAGUCCGCGCCAAACCUGGACUACGGAAACUUGCCUCCGACUCCUACGUCGGAGGACAGAUAUGCAGCCGACAAACGAAGGAACGCUACGAACGGGCGACCGAAGUUUGGAGCCAAGCCAUACUGCCCGCUGUCGGAGGCACGUUCGAAAGGGAAGUGGCGAUUACGCAAGGCACCGUCAUGUAG